GUCCGUGGCAGCGCCCGCACAGCGCGUCCGGGCAGGGCGGUGCGAGCCGCUCCGCGGGACGGGACCUGCUUCAACACCUUGGCCCCUCCGCUCCCAGGGCGGCGCAAGUCCCUCACACGGGGCUCUGCGGGAGAGAUGAGGCGGGCAGCGCUGGCUGCAGGGAAACCUCCUGCACAGAGCCGCGUGACAGGGCUGCCUUGCACAGGGCUGACCUGACCUCGUCCCAGGGUGCUGUGGGACGGAUUUGGGUCUCAUGCAGCUAUCGCACUUUGCUAUUUAAUGAAAAGAGGCUUUUUGUUUUUUUAAGUCUUUCCCCAAUAGGAUGGGAGAAAAGAUGUUUGAUAUCAGAGCCUGGGCUGAAUAUAUUGUGGAAUGGGCUGCCAAGGACCCGUACGGCUUUCUGACCACAGUGAUCCUGGCCCUGACGCCACUCUUUGUCAUCAGCGCAGCGCUGUCGUGGAAGCUGGCCAAAAUGAUUGAGGCCAGGGAGCGGGAGCAGAAGAAGAAACAGAAACGCCAGGAAAACAUUGCAAAAGCCAAACGAACAAAGAAGGACUAAGGGGCGGGGGAGACCUUGUGCAAGGCAUCUGCUUCUCCUGGUUCAGUGCUGUUGUACAGCUGUAUCUUGUGUUACCACCUUCCUCUGAUACUUGACCUGGUGUAAAUCUUCUGGAGCAAAGAAGGUUUAAGUCUUGAAAUAACUCA